AUGGAUACCAAACGCCAGAUCAUUUUCAACGAUAUCGUUAGGAUUAGAAAGUCUUUAGAGCGCUAUCCGAGGAACCUUUUCCAGAACGAGCAGCUCGGGAGGCUUGGGGUUCGGGCGACCACAGUGCCCUUGACCACUAAUAAGUUUCCAAAGUUCAAGCCGUGUUUCUUUAUUCCCCAAGGCAUAAAAUCUGCCGAUAUCGAGCGCUCGAGGAAAUUUGCUCGGUAUGAUUCAGGGGAGGGAGGGAACAAAGGGCUGCGAUCUCUGAAGAAACACGCGGAGAGCCUCCGCCCCCGUGGCCAAUUCCCGGUUAUUCUUUCGAAUUUUCACAACAGCAUAAUCAACACUUUGAAAGAUGAAGGUUUCAAUGUAUUUGACAACACCUCGCUUUCUUGUUCAGGUCCAUAUAGCAAGGGGAAAUGGCCGUUUAACCCAGAAUUACAAUUAUUGGAACCCAGAUCUCGGCAUAAUCGCUGGAAGGUUUACCUUUGCUUGGAGGAUCCUACUCAUGCGGUUCCGCAUGCUAUAAUGGACGUGCGAGUGGAUACAGAAGACCCCGGCGCUAGGCUCACCGUGAGCGAGGUCAAGGCUAUAGUAAGGAUGAUGGAAACCCGCAUGGGUUUCCCGUCGUAUCAGCAUCAUUUGGUUCUUCCUCUCUUGGUCGUAUCGUACUUUGGACCGGAACGUGCAAGGAUUAUCCAGGCGCAUCACGAUGGAAAACUCAUGAAUAUUCAAUAUACAGAUACUGUUUUCAUUGACGACAACUUUGUCGGGAAAUUCCUCGGGUAUUAUUGUAGCAGACCGAUUGGCUUAACGGUUCCGAAUAGGCAUGUUUAG